AUGUAUAUCCAGCCUAGGCACUUGUCCAAAAUGUUGACAAGCUAUGAAAGGUUAAAGCAGAAAAAAAUGGAUCAAAACUUAGUACAAUUGAGGGCUGCUGGAGUCAAGAAUGUGCCAAAGUUUUUGUUGGGCUUAAAUCAAAGUGCCAACAUUAAAGUUAAUGACAUGUGUGAAGUUGACAUUGGGCAUGCAGUCGAUGGUGAUGAAGACGUCGUACUAUUUGAUGGUGAAGAAAGGUUGUGUUCUAAUAAUGACAAUGAUGAUCCUUCGGGGUCUAAAACAAAUGAGGUGAAUGGUACAUGUCCAAGAAAUAAGAAGGAUUGUUCUAGUGCACAACCUCUGAGAAAAUCACAAAGAACUCAAGAACAAGGUGGCAGUACCCAGGGAGCAACCCAAGCUCAGCAACUUCCCACAUCACCUACUGAACAACCUGACCUGUUUUGCAGCCCACAUACGGUUGCUGGUUGUGUGGAAACUCCUGCAAGCCCUUCAAGAACGUCACAAAAUCUCAAGCGCAAAAGAGGCCCAACCAAGCUGAAAACCAUUGCUAUAGAUGGAAGUAGUCGGAUUGAAGUUAAGUUUGAUGGGAAUGGUGAACCAAUAGGUGAGGGAUCAGUCAAGUUGUCUUCUUUCUUGGGACCGCUAGUUAGAGAGAUUGUACCAUAUACACUAAAGGAUUGGCGAAAGCUUCCUUCGGCAAUGGCAGAAAUCCUAUGGCAAUCUAUUAAGGUAAGAUUCAAUCUUGAUGAAGAAUGGCAUAGACAAAUGGUUUUCCGGAGAAUGAAUGAAGAUUGGAGAGCCUCAAAGUCGAUAUUAGUAAAAAAAAUAAGAAACGCUUCGAAUGAGGAAGAAAGGCUAAAGCUACAGCCUGAUAACGUCAAAUCGCUACAUGAUUGGAAGGAUUUUGUGAAGGAAAAGACUAGUAAAGAAUUCAAGGUGAAAAGCGAGAACUUUAAAGCUAUGAGAGAGAAACAAUUGGAGCUGCAGCAUACUAUGAGUCGUAAGGGAUAUGCACGGUUGACUGCUGAGCUGAAAGCGAAAAGAAAAGUUGACUCCAUAAGUAGAGCCGUUGUUUGGGCCGAUGGACAUAGAGACAAGAAUGGAAAACCCAAGAACAAGAAAGUUGCACAAAAGAUUGAAGAUAUGGGAAAAAUUGAACGGAAUGGACAGAAUUCAACUAAUCUGAAAGAAGAUGCUGUUUCUAAAGUGCUUGGUGCUGAGAGGAAUGGCCGUGUAAGAACAUUUGGAAAAGGAGUCACUCAAACAAGAUUAACUAUAUUAUCACAAAUGAAUGGUCAAUUUGCUGAAUUACGUAAAGAAAAUGCUCAAAUGAAGUCUCAAAUGUCGGAUAUGAGAAAUACAAUUGACGAGUUCAAGAAAAGCCAAGUUCAGAAUCCGGCAACAACUGAAGCAACACCAACUACACCCCUUGUUUCUCCAUCGGUAACAUGUCAUCCACAGAGUGACAUUACCAAGUGCAAGUUACUAGAUUGGAUGGGGACGGGAGAUGUAGUUGCGGAAGGGCGUUGGGCUUCAAGUGAUCCACAUUCUUGUGCGCAUUGUGUUCCGAUCGGCCCUAAUGCAAUGAAAGUUUGGGUGGAUGUGGCAAAGAAACCUGAAGAGUUUCUGUGGAGGGCUCCAAGUGAUAUGACCUAUAUCGUAGAUGCUGUGGGAAGUACCAUCGCAUGGCCUGCUGACUUUGUUAUUCUGGACUCUUCUUCCCCAGGGUUUAUGGGUUGAUAAAGAAGUGCUGUUGUGACUUUUUGCUGAAGAUGUAGGUAUGAUCUUGCUAGUGUGAUGGCUGUCAUUAUCACUUGGUUGGUUGAAGUUUUUUUGUUGAUACUUAUGGGAUGGAUAGAUUUUGGAAGGACUGUUUUGGUUGAAGCCUUUUUGUUAAUAUUUCGGUGUCAAGGUUUGAACUCCACUUUUGGGAUACAUAGAUGUUUUGGAAGGCUUUUUUGUUGAUAUUUGGUAACAAGGCUUGUACUCCACUUUCGGGAUACACGGAUAUUUUGGAAGGCCUUUUUGUUGAUAUUUGGUGGGCUUGUAUAUACUAGUAGAUAGAAAUGGUGGAAGGACAUUUAGUAUAUUGAAUUUCUUUUGUAAUGGUAAUCGCUUUAAUGUUUGGAAAUAUUUUGUUGGUUUUGUAUG